GGUUAUCGUUAAGGGAAAUGUUUUGGUGACCGGCUGCAGAAAAAACGCGGAUUAUUGUUUUAGUUCUCUGUUUUAUGUAUUAAAUAAGUAGAGGCGCAAAUGAACAUUAUCCAGCUACAACAGGAAUAGCGAAAUGUCAACAACAAGUCUGCGGGACCAUGGAUUUGGACGAGUUAUCAAACUUUAAUAUUGAUCAACUCCUUGGCUCCCCCACACCAUUCCAAGAUAGCCUGGUGGUUCCUUACAAGCAGGUUCCCUUGACAAGGAUUAAUGUGGGAUCCAAGCGAAGCCGGCUAGCUGAAAGAAUAUCCCACAGCGAUGAGCUGAUCCGCCAAGUAAAACAGCUAAAGGCCCAGAAUAAACAGCUGAUUGACCUGCAACGUACCGCUCAGGAGGUGACGGAUUUGUACCAGAAAGAAAAGCAGCAGCGAAUAGAACUUGAAAAGCGCUGCAAGCAGGCACAAGAUAAAUGUGAAGAUCUUGAAAAGGAACUGGACGCUCAGGCUCUAAACUGCGAAAAUCUGCAGGAGGAGCUGCAUGUCAAAGGAUUGCCCGUGGAUGCCAAAGAUGUACUAUCGAUACUUAUGCAGCUAGCACAGCGAUUGGGUGACGAUUGUGGACUCUUGCGCAGGCAUCAAAAUAUCUUGAAGAAGCUAAGGGAUCACUGCAAGGCGGUGAACAUAAGUCCGCCUACGCCAAAGAGCCCUAAUCCGCGGAACAAACGGAAAAGUCAACAGCCUGGAGUCAACCAAUCCACACAAACCGACGAGGAACCUACUAAGGCCACGCCGGUACUUUGUUCUGUGGCCGUACAAGUGGAGAAUCUAAUAGAGACCAGAGACCAAGGCACGCAGCACAAAAACACCACCACCACCCGAGGAACCACAACAGCAUCCUUUAUUAAGCAACACGAUGUGGGCACCUGCUUUCCUGAACCCAAACCCCUGCCAAAUGUGCGGCAAAUACUUGAUGAAAUGCUUUCGUGGCGGGAGGAUAUUUUAAUUGAACCGAUGAGUCCGCUGAGCGAUCCGCAACCGGAGUUGGACAUACCCGCAACAGCGAGUGUGGCCACCUGCACCACGCUGUGUGACAUACACCGCGAGAUUGACUUUAUAUCUGACCUUUCGGCCCAAAUCAAAGUUUCCGCCUCACGCCCGCCCUCGCGAACCAUGCUGGAUAGUGUUAAAGAAGAGACCAGGACUUCUAGGGAACUAGCCAAGGAACUGUUCAACUUUCUACCUCAAAACCAAAGUUGCCUGACUAGCCUUCCGCCACAGGCCUUCGAGGAGCUCUGGCAAGUCUUUGGCCAAAUGGUUCUCGGCCUGUUGCACAGGCGCUCAAAUCCAUCGCUGGCUACGCCACCAAGCGUUAGCCAAGCGGAUUUCAGUAGCUGGCUGUACGAGCUCUAUGAGGGCACGCAGAGCCAGACGGAGCUGACCUCCGACAAAAACAUCAGCAAGAGAGAUUUCGCCACCAGCACAGAGUGCAUAGAUGUUGGAACAAAUCCCAUCAUUGAGUCACCCAACAUUAGCUACGGGGGAGAUGUCACACCAAUUCGUCUGCCUUCCAAGCCCAGAGAACCAAAGCGAAGAUCCAAAAAACGUAAAGCUGGUACAGAACCGAAGCACAUACUCAAACGAAAAUGUCUGGAGAUGGAGCCAGUAGGUCUUGAAAAAAAUACUGAAUCAGAAGUGGAGCAUGAACAAAAGCCAGAAACGGCAAUCCAAUUUUUAAGCAAUUUAAAAUCUUUUAACAUGGCCAACUGUGAUAACCUUGAAAUGGAAUUGGAUGAGGAGGAACUCUAUCUGCUUCAACUAACUUCCGUCUCGAAAAAGCAAGACAAUGAUGAAAACAUGAGAGAUGAGGUUUCAAAAGACUCCGAAAGCCUGGCAGAAAACACCGAGUUACCAUUGCCAGGAAAUAAUGUUAAAGAUUGUUUGUCGGCAGUUCAGAAAGAGAACGUUUCGUCUUCAAAAGAUGAUACUGCUAAUGAAGAAAAUUGCAACUCACAGAAUAAAAAUAACAAAUCGCUGUCCAAUAAAACUCAAAAUUCGGAUGUUAAUACUUUUAAAUGCCCACAAACUUAUACGAGUUGGGCAGAAUUUUCUCCGAUUGAAGCCAUUCCAUUGCAUCCAUCUUCGUAUAGCAGUGAUGUCGAAACGAAUGCGAUGAAAGAAAAUGUAUUGGCUGAAGAAAGAAUCAAACCAUUCAGCGAGAAACCAGAUGAUUUACCAGAAAGAUCUGACUUGGUAACGUCCCUAUUCGGUAGCGAUUCCGAUAUAGAGUACGAAUCGAGUGAAGAUCAUAUAGAUUCACAGUUUCCUGAAUCAAAGGAUGAUUCUGAUGAUAGCGACGAAACAAAUACCAAUCAGCGAACAAAAGAUUUAUUGUUCGGCAGUGAAUCAGAUUCGGACGGAGAGGAGGAGCAAGUGGUCAACAAGUUACAAGACAACGAAUUUGAGCUUAUUGUUCAAAAAAAUCAGUUUGAUAAACUAAACACAUCCGAAUCAGCACCAAUUGAAGAAGUUUCAGAGUCCAAUACUGCGAAGGAACCAUCUCUUAAAGAACUGGCUGAUAAAAAUGAACAUGAGGAUGACUGCCAAGUUAAUACAGUCUCCAUAGCGUCACCUAGUCUGCCUGAUUUAGUCAUAGUAGAACCACCUUUACUCACCGAAAACUCAUGCCCUGAAGUUCAGACUAAGGAGAAUGCACAACAAACAACAUAUAUUGCCACCCAAAGCUCGAGUGACGAAUCCGAGGACGAGUGUAGUCUGGUUAUUGACGAAGCAAUCUCAACAAUGCAGCCAGAGGAAAAACAUUCAGCUCGAAAAAUACCUGUGAAACCAAGAUCGCAAAAUGAGGUAAAAAUCUCUUCCCCCCCGGAAGUUCGUUUUACUCGUCAGAGAGCUAGACAAUUGCUAGACGAAGAGAAAUGCAAUCCAGUAAAAGGGGUUUCGCUUGUGCAACAAAUUAGGAAUCAACUUAAACAGGCAUUCAUUAAAUCAGAGCCUUUUAAUAAUGACUUAAAGCUUGAUUUUAAUCCUACACAUGAAGUAAGGGAAAAAGCAUCAGAGACACAUAUUGAACUAGAGGCAAUUGAGCACACAUAUGCAAUCAGCGAAGAGUCACCAGCAUCUCCAGUUCCAACGUCAAUGGAUGAGCUCACUGACCCACCAACUGAAAUUCCCCUAGAGCAAGCUGUUACUAGCAAUGAAGAUGGUCAAUACAAGUCAAUCCUUCAACAUGUAAUAAAUGCGGAGAAAGGGGUGAAAAAGUUUAACAAGAUGAAAAGGAAAUCUUUGGGAAAGUCUCAGCCUCAGCUUUGCGCCUCUAUAGGUAAAUAUCUUCGGGACACCAUUCAACUUGAGUCUACCUGCAGUGAUUUAGCGUUGGAGAUCUACAAAGUGACUAAAGAUGAGAACGUGAUCGUCAAUGCAAUGGUAACAGUGAUCUGCAAAAUUGGCACAGAGGAAAAUCCCGUAGAACGUCUGAUGACUGCCUUGAAAUAUUUUAACUUUUCUCAGAGAUUUAUGGCUGAGCUAGAGGAGCGUCUGUUUCGGAAUGUGAAAGAGCGGCCAAAUGCUGAGUUGGCGCUGAAGUACGUCAAGCUCUACUUGAAGGCAGUGUCCCUACAAGCUAAUAUGUCGGUGGGAUAUGUGAAUCCCGCAAGGUUACUGCUGGCUAAAAUUUUAUAUCACUUCGACCGGGAUAUGCCUCCUCUGGCUUUAGAGCUGUUGUGCCAAUUUCCCACGGUGCUUCCACACCGCGAACAGCGGGAAUAUGACAACUCGGAUCCCUUGAUCACCGUGAUUAAGCACCUGCUGAUGAGCCGGCAGUAUGACAUGCAUGAUCCGGAGGGACCUGAGCGACUACUGCUAUCCAAGUUGCGAUUCGAAUAUCACUUCCAGCCUUUUGAGCCAACUUCACACCAGGUGUUAGAAAACUUGGUGGGAAAACUGAAAGCUGGUCGUCUAGAGGAGCUGGGUUACGCCUUUGCACUGUUCUGCCGACGCUCUGCAAACCUUAAAGUGUUUGAUACAGUGCUGGGGGAACAUCUGAUGCCGCUUGCCAUCAGCUCCUGUGAUCUUGCUGCCGAGAACGAUUCGUACGAUGACCGGCUUGUGCUACUGCUGCACUGCAUCUCUGUGGUUUUGAAACCCCUGCCUAAACAAACUGAUAUCUCCGCUUUCAUUGGGUUCUUGAAGCGGUUACUCGUGGCAGUGCCACGAUCUGGAGUUCAACUGGCGGCAGUGCAGGCCGGUCUGCGUCUACAAAGAUUCGGCUUCAAGUACACUUUGGAUGUCCUAAAAGAGUACAGGCCAAACUAUCAGCUGGAUCCGCUAACGAGAGCCAUGUUAAGAUGCUUUGUGGAACGGCGAAAAAAUCUUCGAAACGUGGCGGCCGCUGGGAGAUCUUCAAAAGUUUAGAGGGUUCCUUGUAUGAAUUGCAACUAUUUAUUUAUAUAUGUAAUUGUAUAGAAUUUGAAUUAAACUAAAUGCCAACUGC